AUGAACCAUGAUCCCGCCUCGACCUCGCCGGCGGACCCUGACCCGAACUCCAACCGCCGUGAGGACGAUGCCGACGAUGACAAUAGCAAUGCCGCUUCGUCGCAACAACAAAAUGGCACUGCCACAGGUCGGCGACCCAAGCUGUCAAAGAAGACCAAGGCUGGCCUCAACAAGAAGCUGCUCUUCGUGUUACAUCUACUCAUGAGCCUAGAUGCUGUAAUAUAUGCCGAGCUAUGUGUACUGUAUUAUAUGGAUGUAUCCUUCUUCCGCCUCCUCAUCCGAUGGAUUCCGCACUGGCUCUUCCUGAGUGUGAAGCCGGACAUUGCCAUCAUACCAUACUUCAACUACCCCAUAGGCGCGAUAAUCGGGCCCAACAUCUUCUGCAUGAUCCUGCAUCUCGCCACGUCGCUGCCACAAGCUAGCGAGAUAUCCCGGGGUUAUCUUCAUGGCGGAGUGCUCGUAGAUUUCGUCGGACAAAAGGCGCCCACUUCCAAAUUCACGUUGCUGCUUCUGGACGUGUUGGUGCUGACACUGCAGUGCUUUAUGCUUUCUGUCAACCUGGAGAAAGAUCGGAUCAAGAAGAUACUCAACCCACCGCGACAGCCCGUAGGCGGCACAGGCGCGACGCCCGCACCGGCCAACGCGAGCCAGGACCACGAUCAUGAGGAACGAGGCGUACUGAGAGACGGGCCCACGACAGAUGAGACGGAUGACAUUGAGAUGCAGCCAUUAAGGGGUAGCAAUGACGCCGGCAACGUGGGGCAUGCAUCUCUCGCCGAGCGGAGGAGCAGCAGCGGGGGCAACUUGCGCGACGUACUAUCCUCUGGCAACGCCAUUCUGGCCGAUUUCCACGUACGAGAUGCGCUACGAAGAGCCUACACUGAUCGGGGCAAUACCUCCGAGGCAGCUGCGGCCUAUACGUUGCAGAGCGUGGGUUACAACACGACUCUGGCAGCAUUGGCGGCACAGAGGAGGGCACGAUUUGCUGCAGCACAAACGGGCACAGUAAGACGGCCUUGA